AGGAUCCCCAGUAUCCCCCAUACUGUUUGUGAUCUACCUGAGCGGAGUCUUUGGGGCUAUAGAGGCAGCUGUCCCAGGGAUACGGGCCCUAUCGUUUGCAGACGAUAUAGGCCUUAUAGCCCUAGGGAGCUCAGUAGAUCAGACCUGCAGGCUGCUACAGCAGGCGGGGGACGCUGCCAUAACCUGGGGACAGGCCAAUGCAGUCCAAUUCGACGCUGAGAAGACUGAGGCAGUACUCUUUACUCGCAAGCGGGGACGAGAGCUUAGGGAUCAGGUCCAACGGGCCAGGAUUCUAGUUGGUGGGCACCAGGUCUCAUUCAGCCAGGAAGCCACCCGGUGGUUAGGUAUAUGGUUAGAUGCAGGACUUACCUUCAAGGUCCACUACCAAACACGCCUACGGAAGGCCCGUAUGGCAGAAGCGCGAGUACAGUCCCUAUGCCGGCAACAGGGACUACCUCCAGGCUUGGUUCGGAGGAUUCAAGUGGCAGCAGUACAGGCAGUGGCCCUAUAUGGGGCAGAGCUUUGGUGGCAGGGUCAAAAAGACCGGUUGGCAGGUUUGCAACAGCUGGUCAACCGGCAGGCCCGGGCUAUCACAGGCAUGUUCCGAACCACCCCCAUAGGGCCCCUAGUGCGAGAGGCAGGCCUAGAGCCAGCAGAGACCCUACUGGAGGCCCGGCAACUAGGGUACACCAUCAGGCUGCUCAGCCUACCUCGAGAUCACCUAGCAAAACGAAUUCUCCCAAUCACUCUCUGGGAGGGGGAUCAGCACGCUCAGCCUGGCGAGCAGCCACUAAGGGAUCGGGCAUGGGCAGAAACCAGCAGUCGGGGCCCAUGGUCACUAGGGCAGCACCUGGCACGGCGACUAGCAGGGACCCUGCCAGUUGACCCGUCUGAGGGCUUUGAAGAAACUAUGUGGACACCUGCAGGACCAUUCCCAGGCCAGAUCAAGGUCUUGCCAAUGGAAGAAGCAAUCCAGGCAGCCCAGAGAGCCCGCCCAGGGCUCACCCUAUGGUCGGACGGCUCACGGCUAGAGAAUGGGCGUACAGGGGCAGGAAUUGCAUGGCAGAACCCCCAGGGAGCCUGGCAAUCCCAGGAGAUCCCCCUAGGAAAGGGGAAGGAGGUAUUUGAUGCAGAACUCAUGGGGGUCUGCCGAGCCCUAGAGCUGGCCAUCAGGAUCAG